AUGUCACCAUCUGAGUAUCCCUCCCCAUCAAUAGGAAUCACUGCCAACUCGAGGAACCAUCCAUCGACCAAUACUUUCAAAGAGAUAGAAUCCACGUUAUUAUUGGUCCUCUCGUCUCACGAUCUCCGUGAACCCAAAGUUGCAACGGGCCAACUUCGCCUGCGAGCAUUUGAUAGGCUCGUGAGAACUGAGAUGAGCGGCGACAAGCAGAGCCGAAGCCAGAAGAACAGCGACAGAGAGAAUUUUCAUGUUGAUGGUUGGAGUACGCAAUGCGAUGAAGAGUCUCUUAAAGGGCUUGGGCAUAUUUUAGACGGACGCCUCCGACGGAGGGUAAGGGUAUACGCGGGAAUUCUCUAUCAGAAUCUAUUGAAAAAAUACCGCGUGGAGACCAAGAUGUGUGUGACACGUUUUUACCCCAUAAAAAUGGCGGAUGAAUACGUGAACACAAAAGCGUGCUUUUCGUCAGUGUUAUCUUCGUCGUCGUCGCAAAACAUUCGGUUGAAUGUGCGGGGGCGGGGCGCAGCGCGAAUAACUGUCCACCUUUAUCCGUACAACGAUGAUGAUAUAGACUCCGAUUUUGCUAAAUUCUUGAGUGCGAAUCGAUAUAUGAGCCAUGCUAUUCCUUCGGCCAAUGACUGA